AGGCGGAGAGAAAACCUCGCUGCUCCCUGUAAAAGGGGAAUGGGGGCGAGGUGCGGCCUGGGCUGCUGGGAAUCGAUGGAACCCGAGGGAACGGCGUGGAGCUGCGUCAGAGGAGGGGGCAGGAGGGGAUUACAGAAAGGCUCUGCCUCAGAGCAUGGAACAGGCUGCACGUGGGCACGGCCCGGAGCUGGGACACGGAACCGCCCGCUGGUUUGAGUGGUGCUGUGUGGAGCCAGGGGUUAUACGCAGUGAUCCUUGUGGGUCCCAGCCAGCCCUGGAUAUUUCACGGUUGUGUUAUCGCUGAACGAUGCUAUCCUAAGCCAUUCUCAUUUGAGCAGAUCUGAUGGGGCAAAAUAGAAAGAAAGGGAGCCAUAAUGAUUUUUUUCCUUUGCCUGGGUUGCUGGGCAGGAGGAACGCAGAAUGGGAUCUUGGUAUCAGGGACACAUAUCUGUGAGCCUGGAUCGCUCACAGGCUUUCCAGUGCUACAGUGAGUCUGUUUGGGUGUUUCCAAAGAAUGUAUUUCAGACUCAGAUGCACUUAUAUUCCCUCUCACAGAGCUGGAACACAGAAGCAUGUGGCAUCUCUCCAGGAAUGUUGUUGUUCUGGUGUUCAGCUCCUUGUUGGCUGGGAACUCAGCUGUAAGCAUGGCACAAGCACAAACACAAAGAUGUUUUCAUCCCAAAAGACCUCCACAAAGAGCAUUCACAGCCUGCAGGGCCCAUCUCCAAGGCUUUGCAGCCUUUUUGGAGAUGAGUCACUGGGAGUGAAUUUUCUGGUUAGUGGCAGAGAUGGAAGGGAGUUUGGACACUAUUAAAUGAGAAGUGCAGUGGUGGGAGAAAGAGAGGCUGAUUACUGUGAGUAGCAAGAAGAGAGGAAAAAUGAGCAGAGAUGUAGGUUGAGUUGGAAAUGCUAUAGAAAUAUAGAUCAUAACAAGUUUGGGCACUUGAAGAUGGGCAAAAAGCCACAUGGACAUGCUUCUUCCUAAGGUGCUUCAAGUAUCUUGACCCAUCUAGCUUCAUUCCUGCUUUGUUUCUGCAUGGUCUUUUCCACGGCUGUUUUGCUGAAUGUGGGACAGAAGAAGGAAAAAAUAUACUUACUGAAUGUCUUCCUGAAGACGUCACAGAGCUUAAUGCUAAGCUGUGUGGAUGAUAUUCUUAGCUACAUGCAGCGUUUGCCUUUGGUGUGCAGACGCAGCGACUUUGAUUCUCUGUCUCUGAAGCAGGGCUGUCGUUGCUGAGAGGGGGUGAUUUUGGUAACAGUGCAGUGCUGGGUUUUGUAGGUGGCAUCACCUUUUAACAGCAAAUAGAACACGUUUUAAAGAAGUGGCUGUCUUAGUACUGCUUGCCUGUCAGUGGUAGAAAACUGAAUAGAAAACAUGCAAAGCAGAGUUGGACAAGAAAGUAGCCAGCAGAGAUGGAAAUUUCAUUUUAAUCUGACAUUUAUGUGCAAGAAGCUGGAGAACUUUGAAAUCCAGUGCUUUCUUGCUGCUGCUGCUUACAGCACUGGGAGUGGUGUUGCUCUGGGCAGGGGUUUUAGUGGCCCAGUUCUCAGCGAGCUUCUUAUUUCCCAUGCUCACCAGGCAGUGGUAUGGAAAGGACAGUAUCUCUCCUCCUGUCACAGUGUCACUUCUCAUGCCAGAAGAGAAUGUUUCCAUUCUUCUGCCUGGCUCUUUACACAGGCUGGUGGAGAGGAUCUCAGAGAAUUAAACUGAGCCACUGCUGUGUGCUAGGAGAGUAGAUCCGGAGCUCUUGCCUGCCUGUCCUGCUCCUUUCUUCUCUGCAGACAGUGGUUGUGAUGCUGCAUAUCUGGUGAGCCCUUUGCAAAGCAAAUGUGUGUGUGCCCUUACCCUCAGUCUUCUUCCUCUCCCCACCGUUGUUCUUCCAGAGGCAGGGUGUUACAUGCUGUGCCGUGGCAUCAAGGAAAGGAGAAGCUGAGGACUCCAGGAGCUCGUCCUUGAGCACUUCCAGCCUUUCCUAUGCUUUUUUUAUUUCUUUUCAAUUCUGUGUGGAGAUGCUUGGACAAAAGCACAGCCAUGUCGAGGCUACGUGGUGAGAGAACAGCCUUCAGAGAGCAGCAGGCUGCUUGUGCCUGUUCCAGAGCACAGAUGUGCUUCCUGCCUAUUACUGUUACUGCUUUUGCAGUAACAUGGUGUAGGAGUGACAGCAGUGGCUACUGCAGGGAACCCCCAGGCAGGCAGCACUCUGCAUCUGGCACUAACAAGGAUCAGUCUGUUGCUUAGACUCUCCCCAGCAUCUCUCCCUCUUUUCUUACCUUCCUUCUCUAUUUUAUUCUUUUUGGAAGGAACUGAUGCUUCACCAUUGUGCUGGAAUAAAUCACCUGAUGGCUCGUGUGAGCCUUGUAUUCGAAACUAAAUCCAAUUCAUGUUCAGCCAGAUCCCACUGCAGCUUCUCUCCUACUCUGCAAAAACAGUAUUCGUCACACCUCUUCCUUAUUGUGCUGCUGUAGGAUUGGGUUUGCCUGCUCUCACAGGGCGUCUCAAUCCACCUCUAACUCAAGGAGUGUCUGUGUUUGAUUUAUUUCCCCAGUGUUGGGGAAACAGAAGCUAAUGCAUAUCGCUGUUGCCGUGUCUCUGCCAGGCUUUGCUUUUCCUGGUUACUUGACACCCUGUGGUUCUAGCAUGUGCCCUCCAUGCACUGAGAUCACAAGUGAUUUUAAAGGUGAAAACUCCUGCUGUGAUUCAUCUUUGGUGUUGGACACCCGAGAUGGGAUAAGGGUGUGUGAGACAGAGAGCUGACCCGGUGCUUUUUUUCAGCCUUGUCUGAAUCAUCGUAAACAGGCUCAUUUGGCAGCUUGUGCAUGCUGGCAGCACAAAGCUUAACUCCUGACAGAUGUCUCAUCCUCACCCUUUCUGCUGUAGACAGGAGUUGGGAAGGCACCCCCUAACACUGGGAAAGGCUUCCGUGCCUGAAGAGUGAAGCUUUUAUUCCUCCAGUUCUCACCUCGUGAUGCAGCAUCUUGUUCUAAUCUGUGUUUCUUCUUCCAUGCUCUUUCCCCACGUUGUUCUGGGCCUGUUUCUCCUUCCUGCUGCAGGUUAUGGGCAGCCUCCCUUCCAUGAGCUGAUUUCGGAGGCUCUUUGCUCACAACCUUCAUGUGCUGACUCCAAGUGCUCUUGUGCAAGAGCAGAGUGGCACCACAGAUACUUCCACAGCUUCUUGGGUGGUGGUCGGUGCUUCAUACUGUUGACUGAAGCAGCAGAAUGCUCUGUUUGAAUACAUGCAGCUACAGCCGUUAAAGACUUUGCUACAGGAAUACGUUUUCAUUGUUGAAAAUGAAAGAAAAGCAGUUUGGGUCUCUUACAGAAUGACAGAGAGAUGACUUUUCUCCCCUGAAGUCCUACAGUCUCUGCCAGAUUACUGGUAACUGCUGUGUAGCUGGUGAUACCUGCCUGCCAAGCACCACAUCUCCAGGUGUGUCAGGCCACCUGAGUGCUUGUCUUGAGCUGCCUUUGCAUGAUGUGAUGCUCGAUAGUGACUGCAUUAUGGCCUCGCAGGGAAACAGCUGCUCUCACUAGGGGAAGCACUGCCAUCUCUUAACUUUCAGUAAUGAGAAGGAUAGGUUAGAAAGUGCUCCGUGUUAGGUGGAAGCCACUCAUUCUUCGUCUGCCCUUUUUUCAGUACCUGGAAGCAAUUGUGACCCCAGUAAAUUGUGAUCCAUGGCUACGGUGUUAAUACGCCGAAGAUUUCCAAGGCUGAGCAGGGUGACUACAUUUUUGACUACUGCCAAAUGCAAGGCCGAGAGCGGAAGCAACAAAAGUAAGCAGGAGGAAGAGAACCCAGAAACAUCCAACAGCAGACCCGAAUCCACAGCCACGAUCCACUUGCUGGAUCCUUUGGACUACAGAGUAUUGUAUAAUCCCUCUGCCUAUGCCAAGAGCAGAGCAGCCUCCCAGCGCAGUGCUGCUAGGAGCUGCAGCCAGGCUCUCACUGAUGAUUCCACCAGCACUGGCACCUCACAGGUUCAGCAUACAUUCACUGCCACCUCUGCUCAAGCUUUGCCACCUGUCAGAAAUGCCCUGCCAAAGCCCAAACCGCACCUCAAGCAGACCAUACCAGCACGACUCACUGCAGCACAGACCGAGAAGAAGGAGGCAGAAAUGGAAAAAGCAGAGAUGCAUGACUCCAAGGAGGACCCUCGCGUGUUCCAGCAAGGGAGGCCUGAGUACAGAUCUCUCAGCUUUGAUAAAUUUGAGCCAAUAGAGACUCUCCCUUCAGAAGAAGGUGACUCGAUAUUGCACAGCAUACACAUAUCCAAGGGCAGCCACAGCCCAGGAACUGUCACAGAUUAUUUUUGCAAGCUGAGUCGUUUGCCAGUGGAACGACACGCAGAGUUGAUGAUUGACCACAGGUUUAAUACACUCUGUUGCAGUACUAUUGAGAAUAUCCAGUCAUUCAGCACUUCAGAACUCAUUGAUAUCUUAAAGGCCUGCGUUCGUUUGGUUGUUCCACCCACCCACCCUGUGCUGAACGCCUGUGAGAAUGAAUUCUGCCGGCGCGUGUGGGACAUGAACCUGGACCAGCUGCUGCUGGUGGCAGAUUGCUGGCGCUGCCUGGGGCGCAGCGUGCCUUCCUACCUGAGCAUUUUAUUCAGCUAUGCCAACAUGCAUUGGAAAGAGCUCACUUUGCCCCAGUUUGUUCAGCUUGUUUAUAUCAUCGGCGAAGGCCGCAGGUCACCCGCGGACUUGAUGCAGAAGCUGGAAAGUGUGAUUUUGAAGUACUUGGAUUCCUGCACCUUGGAGGAGGUGGGUACUAUUUGCUUAGGGCUCUUCAAAUCCAUCAGUGGUAUCUCUGAGCACGUCAUGAGAAAGAUUGCAGACAGAGUCUCCCUGGAGAUGGAAGAUAUGAGCACUUACGCUUUAGUGAACGUGCUUAAAAUACUCCGCUACACUCGCAUGGAUCACCUGCCCCUCUUGAGGAAACUUGGGAAGGUUGUCCCUGCUCGAAUUCCUACAACAAACAUCCAGGGUAUCAUGCACAUAAGUCUUAGCUGUUCAUCCCUACACUACUAUGAUGAAGGCAUUUUGACUGCUGUCGCCACGUCUUUGCCUUCCAAAGUGAUUUACUGCCGCAGCAAGGAUGCUGCCAAGUUCUUGUGGUCAUUUGGAUGCCUGGACUACGAACCUCCAAACGAAGAAGAGUUUUACUCCAGCCUGAUAGAGCAGAUGCUUAGAAAACGCCAUGAAUUUGAGAAGUUUCCAGAGCAUCUCCUUACUGGCUUGCUUGGCCUGGCAUUUGUCAAACGCUUCCCAGAGGAGCUGAUACAUUAUGCUUUGAGGGAUGAGUUUGUCCAUAAGGUGAGAGAAAGUAAAUAUGAACUCAGAAAGGACCUGUUCACGCUUGGUAAGAGUGUUGAAAUUGAAUGCCCAGGCUACCAAGGCAGCCGUCUUUCACCUCAGCUUUAUGAAGAGAUGACUGAGAUCGUUCUGAACUUUGCAGAGCAGGAAAUCUUUGUCAGGCCUGAAAUUGUGGAAGCCGUGUCUCUUCUCAAGAGCAUGUUAGGUGGUCCUGAGUAUGUGAAAAACCACAUGAUUUUGCCUCACACCAGAUCAAGUGACUUGGAGGUUCAUUUGGCCAUGGAUGGGCAUCCCAUCCCUUUCAACUCAAGCGACACCGUUGCAGAUAAAAAGCUCACAGACACAGGAGUUAGUCUAACAGAUGACCUAAUGGCUCAGCUUAUCAAAGGGAAAUCUAACAGCCAGUCCCCUGCAGAGGUGGGGAGACAGGAGUGGAACAAAGCACUGACGCCACGUGCAUCGUUUUUGGCUGGACCCGUUAUCACAGACACCAGAUUGCAAGUCACUACUCCAUCAGGGAGCUUCCCUGGGGCCUCCCCUUCUCUUGUGCCCCUCCAGCAGCCCCAAGGGGUAAGGCUGGCCAUUCAAGUGUCCAACCGUAACCACUACUGCUACUUGUCCAAGCGCCUCUUGGGGCUGCACUGCCUGAAGAGACGGCAGCUGAAGCAGCUGGGCUACGUUGUGGUGGAGCUUCCCUUCUGGGAAUGGUUCCCCCUGCUCAAACGCACACGCUUGGAGAAACUGAGCUACCUCCAUUACAAGGUGUUCAACCCAGUGCUGCUCAGCAAGGCUGGCUGACAGCCCGGCGUGUGCUUGCUUGGGGGCUGCUGCAGCCUCCCAGGUUACUGGUUAGAAAUGAUCUUUUGAGUGCUGGUGAAACUAUUGUAGGUGUUUUAUGUGCUGGAUCUGCCUUGUCGGCUUAGAUAAUUCUGCUCUGUUCGUGAUCAUGUGUCCCGUGCUCUUUGUUGAUCUGCAAAUGCUGCCAUGACAAAUAAAACCUAUCUUCAUAUUA